AUGGUUGGUUGGCAAACAACUAUAUCACCAAAAUUAGUCAACAGCAACAACACCAUCGAUACUACAUAUAAUAAUAAUAAUAAUAAUAAUACGAACAAUAGUAUCUCAAUAAGUGAAGUUACAACUCCAACUCAUAAAAGAUAUAGUGAAAGUAUUGUUAUUGUAAAAUCAAACACAUCACAAAAUAAAUCAAAACAAUAA